AUGCUCAUCCUUCUAAUAUUUACACAAAUCGCUCUGGCGACAUCGUCAAUCUUCGAGCAGACCGGCAAAGGGAAAUGCGUGCCGAUCGACAUCGAGCUGUGCAAAGACCUACCGUACAAUUAUACCUACUUUCCCAACACGAUUCUUCACAAUGAUCAACACACGCUGCAAACUCAUACGGAGCAUUUCAAGCCAUUGAUGAAAACCAAAUGUCAUCCGCACAUCCACUUCUUCAUUUGUUCUGUUUUCGCGCCAAUGUGCCCAAUUUCGAUGCCACAGGCAGUUACUAGUUGUAAAUCGGUCUGCGAGCAAGUGAAAGCGGAUUGUGUCUCGAUUCUUGAAGAAUUUGGAAUCGGAUGGCCGGAGCCUUUGAAUUGUGCACAAUUCCCGGACCCGCCCGAAUUAUGCAUGAAACCAACAGAAGAAGAAAUUUCCGGAGGAUUAUCGUCGAAAAAGACUGGCGUUGACUCGUCGAAGCCAUCAGGAUGUCCCAGCGAUUUGAUCGAUUUGGAUCCAUUGGACAAAAAAUCACUUUGUGCGUUUGCGUGCAAUGCAAAUGUGAUGUUCAGCACUGAGAAUAAGAAAACCGCUCGCUCGUGGUCAAUUUGGUUUGCAGCGGCCAACGCCGUCGUAUCACUGUUCGCGUUCCUGACGUUUUUGAUUGAUCGCAAACGAUUCAGAUUCCCUGAGAGAUGUAUAUUUUACCUAUCGCUUUGCAUAUUCCUCUCGUCAUUGCCAUAUCUGUCGCCAUUGUUCAUUGAGCCUGCCUUGAGAAGUUGUCACAAGUUGCUCAAUUCUCGAUCCUACCUCUCCGUUGGAACAUUUGAUAACGUUUACUGUUUGACAUCGUUCCUGUUUCAGUACUUUUUCGGAACCGCCGCAGCAUUAUGGUGGCUCAUGUUCUCAUUCACAUUGUAUCUUUCGGGUGGUCGCAAAUGGGUCCCGGAAGGAAUUGACGCGUGCAGCAGCUAUGUUCAUUUCGUCGCUUGGGGAUUCUCGUCGCUCGCCACAAUUAUCGUUCUCAUUUUCAACAAGGUGGACGCAUCGGAGCUCACCGCUUUGUGCUCAGUGGGAAAUUUGAGCGACGUCGGCCUAAUCUGGUUCGUCAUCGUACCGCGCACCAUUUGCAUCGUUCUCGGCACAUGUUUCGUUGUCGGCGGAUUUGCAAGCAUGUGCCGCGAGAGGAUUAGCUUCAGAACGAGGGGAACGGACACUUCGAAAUUGGAGAAGCUUAUGGCUAAAAUGGGAUUGUUCUGCGCCCUGUUCAUUAUUCCUAAUGUUAUUGAAGUGGUUUGCCAAUCGUACAACUUUCUGAUUUUAACGCAAUGGUCAAAAUCGACAAUCGAUUGCAAGCAACAAUCGGGCGUUUGUCCUCGUCCGCAUCCGCCGCAGCCCGAAAUCUAUCUGCUCGCGAUUUUGUCGGGACUCGUCACCGGAUUCUCUUGCCUUAUUUGGGUGCUGUCGGCGAAAACCGUGCAAUCGUGGAAGCAUUUUCUGUUUUGCGGCGUCUGCUCGACGGCACCGAGCAAGAAUCCAAUGGAACCGAGUGCUCGACCGUUGCUCGAGCCGCCUACCGCUCCGCCGCCGCAGCCGCCCGUCUAUAUGCCGAUGAGCACCAACCCGCAAAAUGUGUGGAGGCCAAGCAAAGUCAUAUAA